AUGUCCCACGUUCGCUCCCCGAUCCCGUCCCGAGCGAGUACCUUCCUAAAGAAGGCUUCUUCUCUAAGGAAGAAGGGGAGCUUGCGACGCAAUGGCAGCCAGAGAAGCAGGCGCGCGGGCAGUUUGAGCAGUCUCAGCUUAGGUGAUAGCGAAAAAUAUCACACUGAGGAUCCGCCUGAUCUCAAUAGUGCUUUCAUGACUUCGAUCCCUAUUACCGGGAACCCGGCGGAGGUGCUGGCAAAUCGGUUCGGAGCUUGGUGUCAGAUUCUCAAAGACCUGAUUCUCUUCUUCGAGGAUGUGCACAAAUCCUACGAAACUAAGGCGAAGUUGCUCUUGGCUGCCUCUCACGUUGUUAACAAUCAAACCCUUCCACCCACUUUCCUUGAGUCCGGUGGCCUAGCGGAUGCGACAUCUAUUCUCCGGGAUUCCCUCCAGCAGAGUUAUACCAAUACCAACAAGGCGGUCGAAGUGGAGGUUGAAGUAAUCAGCCAGUUGACCGGUCUUUGCAGCGAUAUCCAGAAGAAGACCAAGGAAAUUAGGGCCUUGUCGGGAUAUUUCAAACAUUCCCUCAAGAAGGAUAUCGAUGCCACGCGCAUGUCCGUGCACAACUUGCACGAGGCUCUCGGGCUUGUCGACACCGACCCCUCUGCUACCUUAGGCCAAGGCGAUCCAUUUAUUCUGCGUUUAAACGUGGAGAGACAGGUCGAGAAGCAGAUCGAGCAAGAGAACUACUUGCAUCGGGCACUCUUAAACCUAGAAAAUUCUGGCCGUAAGCUGGAGUCGAUUGUUGUGAGCCAGAUCCAAAAAGCCUAUAAUACCUACGCUAGUAUCCCUCAACUUGAAGCCAAUGAAGCUCUCGAUACUGUAGAGAAGCUCCAGGCGGGUCCAAUCUCGAUGCCCCACGAUCGCGAAUGGAAUUCGUUUGUCACCCAGACCAAAGAGCUACCCGAUCCUCAGAUUCCUCUACGGUAUAUAGAGAACAUUACCUACCCUGGCAUGAACGAGCCAGCCGCUAUAGCAAUUAGGGCUGGCAUGCUGCAGCGUAAGAGCAAAUAUGUCAAGAGUUAUACUCCUGGCUGGUAUGUUCUAUCCCCGACUUAUCUGCAUGAAUUCAAGUCCGCCGAUCGUGUGGCAUGGCAGACGCCGAUCAUGUCGCUUUAUCUGCCGGAGCAGAAGCUUGGCUCUCAUUCACAGGAAGACUCGAGCUCUCACAAGUUCAUAUUGAAGGGCCGACAAAGUGGCGCAAUGCACCGGCGCCACUCAUGGGUCCUCCGCGCCGAGUCUCACGAGGUCAUGAUGGCAUGGUAUGAGGACAUCGAGAGCCUGAUUAGCAAGAUAGGCGAAGAACGAGAUGCUUUUGUCCGGAAGCAUGUCCGCAGCGUGAGCGCCAGAUCCAUCAACAGUCGAGUUACGCAAGGCUCCGCCGGAGCUGUGGUUGUAUCUCGCGAGCGGCCCGCGUCUGUCCCUCGCCAGCCAGGGGGUGCCUUCUCCAGCGACAUCCAGGUCCGCCGACAGUUCCGGGUGCCCUUCUUAUCAUCCAGUCGUGACCAUUCCGCUGGGAGAGAUGUCAUAGCAUCGGCUGGGUCACUACUGGAGGGUAACAGUGCCUUCGAAGAUCGAUCACGGGUCGCUAGCCGCGGAGGCAAUGAAUCCUUUCAGCCCUAUCGGGGAACCGAGGCGUCCAAUGAGAGAUCCCGCCCCAAAUUGACCCAACGCAGUAGCUGUGACGGUGACUGGAUCGGGCCCGCCGCAAUUGUGGCCAAACAGAAGCAGAAUCAACAGCUAGAAGAUUCGACCCCAGAUAACCGCGUUGUUUGGGUUGAUGGCGACCAGGCAUCUUUUGCUGCCAUUUCAAGCGUUAGGAUCGCUGACCGUCGCAAUCACUCUGCUCCUCCUCAGGUAGCUCGUCGUGCGAGGGUGAUCAGUAGACUUCUCUAG